AUACCUUUACUCUGGUGUGGCUUGGUUGAAGAGGCGCUUCCAGGGAGGAAGAAAACUGAAUUUUGGUUGCAGAUGCCCUUGGCGAGGAAGAAAGGUCAGGCUGGAUGCGUUUUCAGGGAGGAAGAAAACUGAGUUUUGGGUUGCAAAUGUCUUCGGCAAGGAAGAAAGGUCAGGUUGGAUGUGUUUUCAGGGAGGAAGAAAACUGAGUUUUGGUUGCAGAUGCCUUCGGCAAGGAAGAUGAGUCAAGCUAGAUGUGUGUCUUGCUAUAAGAUGGAGGUCGAAUUAUAUGGUGAGCUCUCAACAUCAAGUGGUAGGGUGAGCGUGGCCUUGUCACCCACGCUUGUCGGCAGAAGUGCGGUAGUUGGCGUAAUGGACCUUACACGUUUUCAACUUUAUCAGUGAUAUCUGACAAAGUUGCACGUGAUAGCCGAAAGCUGAGAUUGUGUCUGAGAAGUGUCGACGGACUUUACGCAGAAAAAUCCGGGUUUUGAAAUUCGGGGAGUGGUGUUUCUUCGAUUUACGAACGAAUGGUUGUGCUGCCUCUCCUUUUAAAGAGGUGUCAAUUGUAUUCAACACGCACAAUUUGAAGAUUGUCUGUCCGUGAAAAAUUACCUCUGCUACUCUUUACUGCAUCCAACCUUUUUCUUUUAGUAUUUUUGAAAAUGACUUCCCCUUUUAACAUUUGCUUAGAUUUGAGUCUUAGCAGCGACACAGGUGCACCGCGUCAGGGUAAUGUAUGGCGCCCGUCUUUUUUUUCUUCUAAUGGCCCUCUUACAGUUGAAGACUCUGUGAUGAGGGAUGCAACAACGGCUACGGUUGUAGCUAGAAACCUCCUCACUCCUAAAGAUAAUAGGAUACUUUCACGACGGUCCGACGAGUUAGCUGUUCAAGAGUCCCAGGCUCUCAGUGUCCAGUGUGCGAACUCUGUUUCCAACAUGGGCCAACGCUUACUUGCUCGAACUCGCCAGGUUGAAUCAUUGACAACUGAGGUGGCAGCUCUUAGUCAAGAGAUUAGGCAGCUCAAGCGUGAGAAUAGAGAGUUGCAUGUGCUUGCAAAUAAUUAUUCGACGAGCAUGAAGAGGAAGCUUGAUCAGCUGACGGACUCCGAAGAUCGAAUUCAAAGUGACCAUCGGAAGUUUGUGGAUGUAUUCCAGAGGCACUUUUUGCCUUCGUCAUCUGGAGUUCGACCAAGUAUUGAGGCUCCGAAUAAGCUAUCUUCGGUGCCUCCUUCCUUUAGGGUUCCACCGAGUACCAAGGCUCCAAGUACUGAGGCUUCACACAAGUGACAUUCGUGAAGGCUUUUUUUUUUUUUUUUUUUUUUUUUU